UGAUUCAGCUGCGUGUUGUUCAUUUUAGGCGGCCUUGUACUUGGGUAUAUUUACAUUUUACGCUCGCUCGUGGAUUCCAAUCGAGACAAUAGAAAUUUGACAAAUUCCAUUUGAAUCGCAAUCUCUCAAUCACGCGAGAAUUUAGGUGGAAUGAUAUUAAGUUAACUGCUACCUCUGUUGUGAACGCUGAGUUUUUGUGUGUCGAUAUAUUUACCUGUUUAAUAAAUCCUACCCGACAAGGACAAUCUUUUUGAGAUUACUUUUGUCGAAGCAUUAUGCGAUUUGAACUGGAGCGGUAAAGAUAUUAAUGUUGUCAAGUAGAGAAAGUUUCCCUUUCAUUUUCUACCGAACGAAUCAGUUUUGAUAAACAAUAAAAAAAUAACGGAACAUGCUCGGAGACCAAACGCUGGCUCAGCUAACAGAAAUGUUUGGCGACUAUAUCGAUCAGAAGCGGAUUCAGGCAGUUGUCCAGAAAUGUAACAACAAUCUUGAGGCCAGCAUCGAAGAACUACUCAACGGGAAGACUGAAUCGCAACCCAAGUUACAAAAGAAAAAGAUGAACGAUUGGUUUCAGGUUUCCGAUGGUGAACCCAAAGAUACCUCCACUUCGAAGGGGGCAAUAAAAAAAAUAACUCCUCAAUCAGUCGCUCCAGCCAAUUCUCGUUCUUUUGCAUCGUUCCUUCAAAAAGGCAACACCAAUCAAGGCUUUGGAAGUGCCCCCCAGCCGCAAAGGUCUGGCAAAAAUGUUGCCCGCAGAGGUGACGAAUGGCCAGCUAACUUUUGGUCUGUGUGUGAUCUCAUCAACAAAGGUUAUCGAGUGAUGGUGCUAAUGCGUGGGGCUCCUGGAUCGGGAAAAUCAUAUCUCUCAAGGGCACUUAUCGACAAGACGAUUGGAAACGGUGACUAUCGGAACCACAUCUUCAGCGCCGAUGAUUACUUCAUGGUGAACGGAGUAUACAAAUAUCAGGCGGACAGAAUUGACAGUGCUCAUGCCUUCAGCCAGAGCAAUGUUCGAACGAAGGCUAGAGAUGGUUGGAGUCCUAUCGUGGUAGACAAUACCAACAUGAAACACUGGGAAAUGCACGCAUACGUUCAGAUUGCGACUGACAAUGGAUACUAUCUGGAGACGCUGGAACCGAUUACUCAUUGGAGAAACAACGCGCGAGCUUUGGCAGCGAGAAACACCCAUGGUGUUCCGGAGCAGAAGAUCAAAAGUAUGCUUGCGAACUACGAAAAGCUGCAUAGUGUGACUGAGCUGUACAAACAGUGUAAAUUGGAACAUGUGCUUUAUCUGCCACCGAAACAGAGACACUUCCCGAUUGUGAGGAACGAUUUGCUGCAAAAUACCGAUGAGAACCAGAACAAUUAUCAGAAACAUCCUAAUGACCAGGACUCGUCUCCGAGCAUCAUAAAGUGCGAACCAGACACCGCAGAAUGGUCAACAUCUGACUGGGAAGCAUCGAAUGACAAAUCGGAAACCGAGGAAGCCUCUUGCGAGACAGUCGUGCCCAUCGACACUCCCAUCCCCAAGCCUCCACGACCCACGCCGAAGCGAAUGUACACAACUGCCUCCACCAGUAACGACUAUACGGAGGAUGAUUCCGAUUACAGUCAGGUUCUCGCGGUGCAAUCAACCGAACCUGACAAUGGAGAACCGAUAUGGACGUGGCCCACGAUAGAUGAGGCCUGCUGGAAGCCGUACGAUGAGGAGAGUGUCAAUUUUUGGUCCAAAUCCGAACGAACUGCAACGGUUCCCGACUCGAGUGAGAAGUCGACACCCUCGGUUUCUCCGUCAACUCCUCUCCCGAAGCGUGGCGGGAACUCGUGCAACAGUGAGGCAAUGGCACAGCUUCUGAAACUUUCUGAAAUAACCAUUCCGGACGGAUGGGAACCACCAGAAUUCAAGCCAAGAGCAAAAGCCCAUCAAACUGAGCGCAGAAAACCAGAUAAGAAAAAAAUAGCCCUUGUGAAGCAUCGGAGGGGAUGCGAAAAUGAGAACACUAGUUUUUCGGAAAUCUGCAAUGUUUACCCAAAUAUUCCGGCCCAAUAUCUUUGGGAUUUGUUCGAGAAAUGCAACGGGGACGGGGAUUGGACCGCAAGUCUUCUAUUGGAAGAGCAAAAGAAUUAUGAUUUCAUAGGCGAAAACAAUACUGCUUCGGAAAUAGCGAUGGAAAAUCAAAAUGAGCCUUCGUUCGAAUGUGAUUGUAAUGAGCCUGUAGCAUCGAAAGUGCAUUCAAGUGAAGUGCCUAGCAGUUGUGGGGGAGGAUACGAUACGGAUCGUUCCACCGUUAGUUCCGGAUCACCCCGUAAUACACUAAGAAAGAAAAAUAAGAACACGAAAGAGUUUGUGAAAAAACAAUUGGAACAGUCUGUGGUUCUCGGCACAGAGCACUAUUCCGACCACAUACAACAGAUUAGAGUAGCGAAAGGGAUAAUAAGUAAAGAGGAAAUUAUCCCCAAUUGCGUAGAAGAUUCCAAUUCAGUGAAAGAAGACGAAAGUCCGGAAGUGAUAGAAGUUUCACUGGGAGUUAAUCUCGUCAAACAGCUUCACGCAGUAUUCAAAGACAAACACGGUUACAAGCCAUUUUCAGUUGAUGAAAUUACAGAGGAAUGGACGAAAGUAUUUCUAGCCACCGAUAUGGCUGAACAGCUUUACCUCUCAUUUAUGGACUCUGUUCACAGCCACCGAGAGAUGGAGAGACUUUCAACAAUGAAAAAAGACAUACAGAUUGCCAGGCAAAUUGAAAUGAGGGAAAAAUAUCCCGCACUGUUCAAGGAAAGUUCCGACCCGGAUGCUCCGAAUUUGAACGACAUUAUUGAAAUGGAGUAUGCGCUAUCGGCUUAUCGUAAUGAGAUGAACGGCUGGACCACUCAAAUUCCCCAAGAUAUAGCAUCCCAAAUGACACGCCAAAAACUGGCCGAAUUGUUUCCGUAUGUGGAAGAAAAUCUCCUCUAUGAAAUCCUCCACGCACAUGACAAUAAAUUCCACGAUACAGUAAAUGUGCUGAACAACUCUAUUCCAGAACAGCUAAGGAAACAAAUUGCAAAAGAACAGGAAGCGCUGCUCAAGCGAACGGAAGCAGAGAAGCUGAAGGCAUUCACCUUACCUCCGGUAGAGCAACCCAAUUUGGGGGGAGUCUCCAGAGAGGAUGCCAUCAAUAACCACCUGCGGGUGGCUGAAGAGAAUAGGAAUCUAGCAAUGCAUCAUCUCGAACUGAAAAAUGCGUGUCACCAGAAAUCGCAGAGUGCCAUUCAGCGUGGAAUGGUCGGAGUGGCCGGAUAUUAUGCGCAGAUAGCCCAGCUUCACUGGACCAAAAUUCACAUGUACAACAACAAUGCUUCGAGUGCGAUUAUGGAGGUGCACAAGUUGACGCUGAACAACUCGGAUGUGUUGGAUCUGCACUUUCUGCACUCGGAGGAAGCACUGCAAUGUAUGGAGAUAUUCCUUGCGCAGCACGCCGAAAACCUCAAGCGGAGCGAGAGACAGUACAAGGAACUGUUCAUAGUAACCGGCCGGGGGUUGCAUUCGACAGAUGGGAUUCCCGUGAUCAAACACAAAGUGAAGGCGAUGCUGAAGGAUUUGGGACUGAGGUGCGUUGAAGUGAAUCCAGGAUAUUUGAAAAUCAAGUUGCACACCAACUCCGACAUGCAAAAUCGCCUCAUGCUGUUCCAGUCUGGUAGAAUAACAGAAAGCUAAAUGUGCUUAAAACCACCGCCAUCGUAGUGCUUCAAGUUCUCAACCGUUACCAAUUUGGUUCCGUUUACGUUUCAACCCUUACAAAAAUAGCUUUAAGUUGGUCAGGAUGAUCCGUUCCUCGCUCAGUUCAUUGUUAAGUAUCAACAAUUAUGUGUACAUAAAUGCUUUAUGUGUUACACUCAUGUACCUGAUUAUAAGAAUCCGUCGAAUUGAAAUAGAGUGAGGCGCUCAUUUUGACGUUUUGUAUAUAUAUUUUAAAAUAUGAGAAAUGAUCAAUUUUAUUACAAUAAAACGACACCAACGCUUCACGAAAUAAAUAAACUAAUGCUCAUUAA